UGCGCUAGAACACAACUUUGGACCAUCUAAGUGCAAUUUAUAGCUGAUUCUCUCGCUUGUAGAUGUCACAGCUCAGGUUUCUGGUUCACGGGCUGAGCAGACUGGGCCUCAGGUCAAAAGUGUGGGUCUUUUCCAUGUUUGCCGUGGUUGUACUCUUUACAACUAUUGGCAUGUUGGUUGUUGAUGAUGGUGCUGUGCAGUCGUUGAACGAUGCAUGGGACUCUACUCAGAGCAGUGCUAAGACGGUGGGCGAGUCUGAUGUGGUGGUGAUGGACAGUGAACCGCGACCUGCGGAGGAUUCGAAGAGUCCCGUGAAUGGUUUCUCUGGAAAGGGUGAGGUAAAAGAUAACUAUGAUGAUAAUGAUGGCAAUCUCCAUGAUAACGGUGGCGAAGAUAACACUCCGAUAAGGGCUGCAUUCAUUCUCCAGGCACGAAAUUCGGACCUGAAGCGUAUCGUGGAUACGGUGUUUACGAUGGAAGAGCGGUUUAACAAGGCUCAUAAUUACGACUGGGUAUUCAUCUCGGACAUGUCCCAUUCGUCGUCGUUUCAAAGAACGGUCUCCAGACUAGCUAGUGGCAAUGUUUUGUUCCACAAGAUUGAUCGAGCUACGUAUCUCUCAUUCCCAAGUGGCAUUAACAGAGCAGAGGUUUCAAGGCAUAGAAAGUUGUUAAGGAUGAAAUCAUCAGAUUCCCAGGCCAAGAAUGACAACCAAAGGCAUUUCAAUAAAUUUUGGUCCAGGGAAAUAUUCAACAUGGACUUCUUACAGGACUAUGACUAUUACAUGAGGGUUAACCCUGAUACAUUUGCGUACUGUGACUUCACCGUGGAUCCAUUUGAGUAUAUGAAGAAGAUGGAGAAGACUUAUAUGUUCACCUUUGCAACCAGUCAUUCUCCUGGAGCAUUCCCCACGCUUUGGUCGUCUGUGAAGAACUAUAUAGAAGAAAAUCCUGAUGACGUUGAUCCAGAUCACCUUUUGGACUUUGUCUCGGAUGACAAGGCAGAAAGCUUCAACGGUUGCCAUUUCAGAUCGAGCUUAGAGGUUGGUAAUUUGAAAUUCUUCCGUGGUGAGAAGUACCAAAGAUUGGCAAAAUUUCUGGAGGAACGUAAUGGACUAUACUACGAAGGCUGGGAUGAAUCAACGAUCAGAACUAUUGGUGUCACUCUUUUACAAAGCCGUGAAAAGCUUCAAUUCAUGAACAAUGUUGGUGUCAUAGACAAGUCCCUAAAGAACUUGAAUUUAAACCAGUGUCCGAAGGAUAUCGAUAUCAGGCUUAGAUCAAGGUGUACAUGUAACCCAGCAGACGAUAUCACUUGGUCAAAGGAGAGCUGUGUUUCAAGGUAUUAUGAGGUGAAUGGUGUUAACCUUCCCAAAGAAGCUGGGGAUUGAUUUAGACUGUGCAAGCAGCAUACUAUUACCCCCUUCCUAAAGACAAUGGCAGGAUCAAGAACAAAUUAAACGACUGAACGGAAAUAUAAUAGUACAAGGUAUGAUUAUAUAUAGAAAACGACAAGUUCAUCU